UUCGCUGUCAAACCCGCUGCUGCAAGGAGGGCAAGUGACCGUGUUUUUGCAGAUAUCUAUCAUUUCUCGUUAAAGUUGGACCCGUGGUAUAAUAACAUACAUUUACGGCCGUGAAGUGAAGUAACCUUCCUCUCCACAAAUGCAAGCUAUCAAAUGCGUGGUGGUCGGCGACGGGGCGGUGGGUAAAACCUGUCUGCUGAUCAGCUACACCACAAAUGCCUUCCCCGGCGAGUACAUCCCUACAGUAUUUGACAACUACUCUGCCAAUGUGAUGGUGGAUGGCAAACCAGUCAACCUGGGCUUAUGGGACACAGCGGGACAGGAGGACUACGACCGGCUCCGUCCGCUCUCGUACCCACAGACGGAUGUGUUUUUAAUAUGCUUCUCAUUGGUGAGCCCAGCGUCCUUUGAGAACGUCCGUGCAAAGUGGUACCCCGAGGUGCGACACCACUGCCCCAACACACCCAUCAUCCUGGUGGGCACCAAACUGGACCUGCGGGAUGAUAAGGACACCAUCGAGCGGCUGCGGGACAAGAAGCUGUCGCCCAUCACAUACCCACAGGGUCUGGCCAUGGCCCGAGAGAUCGGUGCGUACCGACAGACUCGAGACCGCAGCAGAUCUGUGCAUGCAUUCAUGCAGCUACUGAGGGCUGUGAAGUAUCUGGAGUGCUCUGCUCUCACUCAGCGUGGGCUAAAGACUGUAUUUGACGAAGCCAUCCGAGCCGUCCUCUGCCCUCCGCCCGUCAAAAAACGCGGCAAGCGCUGCACUCUCCUCUGAGCACACACACAUUUAUAAUCAGCCUCUUGGAAGAUAUACUGAACUGCUGUCGCAGGGUCGGGGACAGCUGUCCAUGAAGCUCUAAUGCACAUCACCUGAAUAUGAACCAUUGGGACACCUCGUGGUUGAUGGCUUUUGUUUUUCACGGCCUCACGUGCCCCGAGACAUCAUAUUCCAUUUCAUAUCGUUUCUAUGAGUUUUAGUGGUACAGUGUAAAUGUUGACAUGCUGUAAGGAAGUGUUUCUUGGUGUUGUAAAGGAAGUGUGUCAAAGACAUGGGAAAGUUCUGUUUAUUUAGAUGCUAACCAUUCGCAGUAUUAGUUUACAUCCCAUUUCACAUCAGGAGCGAGUCAAACAAGAAAGGUUGCAAAUGUUUGUAUUGUGAAAAGCGAAGCUGGUCAUGGAAGGGUUAAAGAUCAAGUUCAGUUUUGCGCCCAGCUAACAGAAAUUUGUUCUAAGAAUGCUUUGCUAACAUUCCCAGUAAGUUUUGAAAACAUUGUUUCUGAACAACUUUUAAUUUUAAUGCAAACGUCAAGUGAACGCUCCAUAUUAAUAUUUCGCAAACGUUACUUUUAAAUGUUCUCUGAAUGUUCGAAAUGCCCAGUUUUUUUAUUUGAUCAUUUUGCAAAAUGUUACAUUUGAACGUUCUCUGAACAUAACAUUUAAAAAACACAAUGUUUCAAAUGAAACAUUCUUUGAAUGAAGUAUAAUAACAUUUGUGUGCUACCUUUUAACUUUGAACAUUGCAAUAACGUUACAGGAAAAACGUUUGCUCACAAACACAUAAUCUUCUCAGAACUUGUUAUUAAUUUUUUUUUUUUUUCUGUGUUCAGGGAACACAUUAUGGGAAUGUUAUCUCAAAUGUUUUUUUUUUUUAACUAAUAUCAUUAACAAAAGUUUCAUAAAUGUUUCACAAACAAUGUAUAAAUGGUGCUAACGUUUUAACACUAAUAAAGACUAAAUAAUAACAUUACAGUAUUAAUUUGAAUACUUUUGUCAACAAAACAAAUUCCUCAUUCAAAAGCUGGUUCUGAUUACUGGAAGAACGUUCCUUCAUGUUUUCUGUUAGCUGGGUUACGUUUUGCUGAAAGAGUUUGAUCUUUGGAAUAAGGUGCAUGCACUGUAUGAGCAGAUACGUGAAUGAAGAACAGGCUCUGUUUGAUUUCAUCUGGACUUCUCAUGUAUUCAUGAACACUAGAUGUCUUCUUCUUCUUGACUCUUGGCCGUUCUGAACACUGGAGAAGCAAACUGUGUCGUAUCUCUGUGGUUAGUGAAUACACUGGCUUUGGAUUUUCUUUCAUUUCUAGUUUUUUUAUGUUAUUUUUAUUUUUAUGUACAGAUGAAGCACUGCUGAGAGUUUUAUGGUACACUUCUGCGCUCUGUCUGAACAAAUGCCCAUCAUCAUCAUCAUCAUCAUCAUCAUGAAGGGACUUGCGUGCCACCAGCUGUAAGGAACACAUUAGUUCCUGAUCUUUCCCUCCUUGCAAACCUGGUUUAAGUCUCGUCUGCACGUGUGUUGGAGUCGACAUGAUCACAACCGGUCCCUGCAUCUGUGCUCCUGCACUUCCUUUCUUUGCAAAUAACUCAAAAAGGACAAAAAGAUGAUCUUCACAGCUGCCAAAAGACAUUUCCAUGAUGUAAGAUAGUAUAUUUACACAAAAAUGUUUUAGAUGAGGAAUGCAUUAAUGAAUAAAUGUAUUCAUGUUUUACCCUUA